AUGCGCGAGGAGGUCAACCAACUGUCCGGCGCGGAUGCAGAACGGGUGGCCCAGUUGGCAGAAAAGCUGCUGAUCCACACGUGCAAAGACCUGCGGGUGGUCACCUAUUACCUGUGGGCGCGCUUGCAGAAGGGUGGGGAGGCAGGGCUGGCUGACGGCCUGACGUUGCUUGCCGCGUUAGUCGAGCGUUUCGCCGCUGAAGUACUGCCGGUACGCGCCAAUAGCCGCAAGAUGGCCCUGGAGUGGCUGGCCAGCGGCAAGGUGCUGGACAGUCUGUCGCUGUACCCCGAAGUAGUGCGCAGCGAAGCCGAGCGCACGGUGGCGGCGUUGGCCUGGCUGGAGCGGGGGCUUGAAACCUGGCCGCAGGAUCAGCGCCCCGCCCUGGGCGCAUUGUACGGCGCACUGUCCGCCCGGUUGACUCAGUCCGGCGGGGUGGAUGCGCUGGUGCCGCAGCACAGCGCCAGCCAUGAGUCCAACGCGCACACAUCGCCGAGCGCCACGGCCAUCAAGUCCGGACGCGAUCUGUUGGACAGCGGCAGGGCGCUGGCAGGUUAUUUGCGCGAGCAGCCCCAGGGUUGGCUGGCGGCGCAUCGGCUGAUGAAGAGUUUGCGGUGGGACACGGUGCAUCAGGCGCCGCCUGAGGAAACCAGUGGCAACACUCGGCUGGCACCACCCCGUGGCGACUAUCGGGCACAGCUCAAGCGCCUCUACCUGCAACAGAGCUGGACUGAACUGCUCGAUCAGGUCGAGCGGAUAUACGCCGAAGGCGUGAACCAUUUCUGGCUGGAUUUGCAGUGGUACCUCUGCCAGGCGCUGAGCAAACAGCCCGCGCCACAAGACAGUUGGGCGGACAUCGUCAAGCGUGACCUGGGCAUGUUUCUCGACCGCCUGCCGGGCCUGGAACUGCUGCACUGGAGCGAUGGUGCGCCGUUCGCGGACGAGAUCACCCGUGACUGGAUCACCCAGCACGUCACUGGCAAUCGCGCGCAGCAAUGGCUGCCCGCACCGAAGGCGGUGCCAACCACCGCUGACACAGACAUCUUGUCGCUGGAGAGCGAGGCCCUGGCUCAGGCCGACAGCGCCGGCGUAGAAGUCGCACUCGCGUGGCUGGCGGCCCGGCCCGACAUGCAGACCGGCCGCCAGCGCUGGCUGCUGCGGCUGUUGAUGGCGCGUGUGGCGGAGCAAUACGGCAAAAGUGACCUGGCCAUGCACCUGUUGGCCGAACUGGACGCUACCGCGCAGCACCACGCGUUGGAUGCCUGGGAGCCGGAGCUGAAUUUCGAGGUCAAGGCUCGCCUGCUCAAACUGUUGCGUCUGAAGGCGCAACGCACCGAUGCCGACAAACCCUCGCUGACCCGGCGCACCGAGGCGCUGCUGGCAGCGCUGGUCGCAAUUGACCCGGUAAGCGCGGCUGUGCUCUGCGGC